AUACCAGAAAUUUUGGAGAACAUCUUUGAAGAAAACUUCUGUUGCAAUGGCAUCAUCCUGUCUGCAGAUUUGUGCAUUGCUGCUGGCUUUAGCAGGAUUUGCUACAUCACUUAUUACUGCCAUGUCCAGCAGAUGGAAGGUUUUGGACGCCACAACAGAGCUGGUUACUGCAGACUGGGUUUCUGAAGGUCUUUGGAUGGACUGUGCAGCAACUGCUGUUGGAUCAGUAGAGUGCAAGAAAUUUCUCUACAUGCUGAGUUCAGACCCUCACAUUCAGGCAUGCCGUGCCCUGAUGAUUACUUCCAUCCUUUUGGGAUUCUUAGCUGCAGUACUCUCACUGCUUGGUAUGAAGUGCACAAACAUUGGGUUGAGUGAUGAAGACGGAAAAAUGAAGUUUACUGUCACAGGAGGAUUUCUUUUUAUUUUAGGAGGUCUCUGCUCCAUGGUGGCUGUUUCUUGGUACGCUGCAAUGGUUACUGCUCAGUUUUUUAACCAACUGUACGCUGGAACCAAGUACGAACUAGGAGAAGCUCUGUACUUAGGCUGGACUGGAUCUAUCCUUUAUAUACUUGGUGGGAUCUUACUGACCUGUUCAUGCAGAGGGAAGGAAAAACAGAAUUACAGUCCCAAGAAGUAUGCAUAUUCAGCAGCCCAGGCAGCUUCUCAGCCACACAUGUACCCCAGGAGCUCUGAGUCAGUCAUAAGCAACAAGGAGUAUGUCUGAGCUUCCAUCCUGCAUCACCUGUAGCGUUAGUGGGUUAUGGACUCCAGUAAAGAAGUGAGCUACUUCUUUAUUCUGGUUCCAAGUUGCAAACCUAUGCCUUAAUUUGGAGCAGUACCAGGAGGAGGUAUGGCUUUCAAUGUAAAUAGGAAUGGUUUUCAGAUGUAAAUAGCUUUCUACAGAAGACAUUGUGACGUGAAAUCCUGUGGCAUGAAGGUUUUCUGCAUGCUGAGAAGCCUGGUAAAAUUUAACCAGAGUGCAGGAUAUGCUGACACUCAAGAGCAAUGGUUCCUAUUUCAGCUGACUCAAACAUGUGGAACUGAUAGCUGUAUCUGACUGCAAGUUCAUAUGCCUCACAGUUAGAAAUGUGUUUUGUUUUCAUUAAUGUUUAGCUUCCUUUUUUUUUGUUUAGCAGCUUAAGCUUUUGACAAGAAAUAAACUUUGUUCCACAGACUGAAACAGAUUCUUUGACAAGUGGAAUUCUCUAAUAAGGAUCUUAUGUUAUACUGAAAUUCUUAUUAUUUAUGAUAGUCAAGGUUUAAUAAAAGCUACAAAAAAUUUUCUAGCAAAUCUGCUAGAAACACCCUCAAAUCUGCAGAUGUGCAACAAAUUUCUUGUUGGUUGUAAUGCAGAUACAGAAGAUAAACGAUACAGAAUGAACAAAACACAGUUGGGAGUGGAGAAAGCAUCUGCUGUGAAAAUGCCUCGUGGUAACUAAGAAAAUGAUAGCCUGAAAUUUUUAUUUUUAUUUCUAUGGUUUCAGCUUUUAAAAUAACACUACUUUAACUUUGAGCAGUCUUUAACUUUGGGAACUUGUACUGCAUCCGAAUUGUCUAAUUCAUGUAAUUCCCCAGUGGUUGGAUUUUCUGUCAUUGUUCCAUCAUUAGAAUUUCUGCCUUAAACUCCUCCACAGCUGGAAGCAUAUGUUUACCUUGUGUGAGCACUUAGGCAGAUGGCAGUGAACUAACCUUACUUCAUGUUUAUGCUUUCAGCAGGGUGGAAUGGAAUUUCAUCCUGCAGGUUCUCGGGUUCCAUAACUGUCCCUUUUAAAUUACAAAUGUGUUCAUACAGUUUGACAAAACUCUGUUUUGAAUGGCUGACGAUAACACAGAGCAGUCUGAUCUGGAAGUUUCAUGCCCAAUAGAUAAUUUCAGAGGGCAACCUGUAAGCAGUCUCAGCAGAAAUGAUUUAGCCAUGCUGCUUGCAUGCAGGAACAGCUGACUUGGAAACUGACACAUGAAGGCAUGAACUGGGCCUUGUUUUACUUAGUAAGUAAAGCUAAAAGGAGUGGUGAUUGCUUCUAGAUUGCUAGUGUCAUCUUCUUCCCUCCACUAUCAUCUGCAGUUUUUAAAAUAAUUCCUUUGGUGUUUUAGAGAACAAUUUCAAAAGCUGAAAAGGCACUAGCCUGCAGGGUGGGACCAUCACCUGCAUAUUCCUCUGGAUUUUUAGGUGAUUUGUGAAGGUGCUUUGGUCUAGUUGAACUUAAGGAAAAUCACAGAGACAAAGCAUCAACCACUGUCAGUUUCCCACCAAAGGCUGUGUCAGCUCAUUAAGAUGAAUUAUGAUCCAGUAGGUGAGAGAGAAAUUCAGAACUUCCUUGGUCUGGCAUCAUGUCUUCUAAUGGCAUCGCUGGGAAGUUUACUUUAAAAACAGGAAUAAAAUCCCUGUGUGGGAUUCCUUCCCUCGUUCAGUACAUUGUUACCAUACUCAGAGGCAUUCAGGGGAAAAUCACUGCUGAAGAUUCCAUGCCUUUCUCUGGUUUGUUUAC